AUGAUGCAUUCCUUUCCAAUACCAUUACUAUUUAUUAGCCUAUCUACAAUUAUAUUUCAAAUCAACAGUUAUCCAUCGACCGUGAAUACAAAUCUCGAUAGUUUACCUCCUAGUCAAAUUAAUCGUCUCUGCUCAUAUAUAUCCAGUAUUGAAACAACAAAGAAUCAAUUACCGGAGAAACGUUUUGCUGUGCCCUUUCCGGAUAUGCAUAGGUUUUUAUCAACAAGUCAUAGACUUCAUCAUCAUGACGGUAGUAUCAGAGGUGGAUCAGAAAUAGGAACUAAGAAGGAUUUUCAUGCUUAUUUAUGCAGUAUUUCUAAAGAUUCGGACGAAAUGUCAAAUUUUAUUAAUAUAUUUAUUGAAGAACAUGGGCAACAACCAGCUUUUGAUUUAUUUGAAUCAUGCGAACAAGUAGUUAAACGCGAUGACAUUGAAAUAGAAUCAGCAAGUCGACUGAGAGAACUUUCACAAAUUUGUUCAUCACGUUUUAAUAAACGAUGGAGUGGUUCAGUUAGAGGACCUAUAGCAAUUGAUUAUAUAAAUCAAAUGCUUGAAGCACGCAAAGUUAAAACGUAUCCAUAUUCAGCUGAAAUGGAUCCAUAUUUAGUAGGAAGAUAA